AUGUCAGACGUUAUAAAUGCUAAUCCAACUGUUAUUGAUGUUUCAAAUUUGCCUACAAGAUUUGAUGAUUCUGAAAUCCAGGAGAAAGAGGUUGCUAGGAAUACAGAAUUAGUGGAUAAAAUAUUAUCACUCUCUCUAUUGAAUCAAAGUAAUUUAAGCCAUAUUGAUAGCGGGUCAGUGCCAGAUUUGAUCUCUGAUGCUGAAGCGGACACAUCCUCCAUGGAGGAAGAGCUAAUCGAUGAUGUUGAUGACCAAGAAGAGGAGGAAGUGAUCGAUGCACAAGAAAUAUUUGAUUUAAUUUCUACAAUUUCAGAUCCAGAACAUCCAUUAACCUUAGCCCAGUUAGCAGUGGUUAACUUGGCAGAUAUUAAAGUAACGCAUGGAGCGAAUAAGCAGACAGAUAUUUCCGAAAUUUUAAUCAAAAUAACGCCAACUAUUACGCAUUGUUCAUUGGCUACACUUAUUGGAUUAGGGAUCAGAGUAAGGUUAGAGAGGUGUCUUCCCCCUCGAUUUAGGAUCAUUAUUCUUAUUAAAGAAGGUACACAUCAAUCCGAAAACCAAGUAAAUAAGCAAUUAAACGAUAAAGAAAGAGUUGCAGCGGCCUGCGAGAAUGAUCAAUUACUAAGUGUUAUCCUGCAAAUGUUAAGUACAUGCAAGUGA